AUGGCCGGUGCAUUACCUAGACUUACCUAUACUCAAAUCAUUGCUGGUAGAAUUCCCGGUGUUUUCAUGUGGGGUGCUUCUCCCCAACUGUUCUCUGAAAUAUAUGGAGAGCCAGAAAACUUUCUUGAAAUAGAGGUAGUGAAUCCUCAGACUCAUAGAAGAGGGAAUGAAUUGUAUACUGACUACGAGAUUGUCUGUCGGAUACUCGAAACCGAAACCAACAGAGUGAUUAUUCCUCCUCUUCCAGGGAAGAUCUUUUUUCAACAGAAUAACUUCAACGAUGUAAAUAUCGAAAAGCGAAGACAAGGAUUGGAGAAGUUCUUGGUGGUAGUCAGUGGUCACCCUUUAUUGCAAACUGGAUCCAAGACCUUGAUUGAUUUUAUUCAGAAUGAAAAAUGGGAACCUCGAGGAUAUUUUUAUUGA